AUGAUGAACCAAAACUAGACUCAUAAGAAUCAUACCAAACAUAAUUGGAAUAAGUGUCUUAAAUAUUUAUACCCACCUCUCCCAAUACUCUAAGUUGAAUCUUCUGAGAAAUCCAAUAUUCAUAAAAUCAGCUUCCACCUUACAGAAUAAGUCUAGUAGAGCUACACUUAAUAUUACGAAAAUAUUUCUUAUUAGCUGUGGAGUUAAGUAGAAGAAGAACCUGCUCAUACAGUACAAAGAAAAUAUACACAUUUCGAAUGGUUGAAUGCAGCAUUAAAGCGAGAGUUCCCAGGACUUUUAAUUCCUGCCAUUCCACCAAAAACAGUUUUAGCUAAAAUUAAUCUAAAUGAGCAUACUUAAUUAGUGAGAGAGAAACGAUAUAGACAAUUGGCAGAAUUUUUAAAUAAAAUCAAAGAUCACCCUCAAUUGUAAGUUAGUAGUAAAUUUCAAGUAUUUCUAACAGCAUCUUAAGAUGUCAUGCAAUAAGAACUCUUGGAAUUGUCAUAAUAUCAAACAUAUGUCCAUCAAAUAGGAUCAGCCAUUGCAAAUGCUGGAUCAAAGGCAUAUGAUCUUGCCAAAGGAUCUUUUAACUACUUAAGCAGCUUCAUAUACAAUGGUUAAUAGAAUUCCCAAAAAUAAAUGCAAUACCCUGAAUUAGAGAUUACCCAUGAAAUCAAGGAAUGCUUUGAAAGUUGGGAAGAUUUAUUGAUUGAAGAAUAAUAGAAGGUUAAAAGAAUAUUUGAAUACUACUAAAAUAUUGUUAACAUUAAAUUAGAAUAAAAUGAUGAAACUAAAAAAGUCAUAAGUUCAAUGAAGGAACUCGAACUCCCUUAACUGGAAAAGGACAUCAAAAAAACUGAAGUUAGUUGCUACCUCAAUGAGACGAUCUUAAAUGAUAUUAAAUUAAGUGUAAUCUUCAAAUUAGAGCUCUGUAUUUUGGAUUUAGAUGAAGCCGUUGGAAUAAUUAGGAGGCGAUCUGAUUUGAUAUAUUAGAUUCAAUAAUAAAUCAAAAUGCACAAUCAAAUUGAAUCUUUUAAUGAAAAAAUUUAAUAUAAGGACUAGAUCAGAGAGAACCAAAAAGUACUUAAAAUCUUAGAAUCGAACUUUUAGAAAGAUAUUACGAGAUUUGCUAAUUGGCUUAACAAUUAUCUCUAAUAAUUAAUUAAGAGUUAUAAUGAAUAGUUUUAAAAAUUGUAUAAAGAAUAAAACAAAAAUUGGAAUGAAUGA